CUUCUAGCCUAAGAUCUCGCCAAUCUUGGAGUUAGUCUGGGUUGUUUAUAAAAUAUUGAAUUCUAUUCUAUGUUCAACAAUAUUUUUACGAAACUGUCUUAAGUAAAAUUGCAAAUAUGACUAUAAAGCCAGAAUUUCAAGCUGUAGUCUUAGCAGCUGGUAAAGGAUCUCGAAUGUUAGAAGUAACAUCUGGACAGCCCAAGUGUUUAUUGCCUGUAGGACCCAAACCCCUUAUUUGGUACACAUUAAAUAAGUUACAAGGUGCUGGCUUUACAGAUGCUAUACUCAUAGUUCUAGAUAACCAGAAAGCGGAAAUCCAGGCUGCUCUAGAUAAGGAAAUAGAUAAUGGGUCAAUAAACCUGAAAAUUGAAUUCAUUUCAAUUUUAGAAGACAAAGAAGAUUUGGGCACGGCAGACAGUCUAAGGUUGAAAGAAGUCCAAGAAAGACUUAAAUCUGAUGUGCUUGUUCUUUCUUGUGAUUUGGUUACAGAUGUUAAUUUAGGAGGAAUCCUUAAUUUGUUUAGAAAAAAUAAUGCUUCAGUUGCCACUCUGAUGUUUCCGAACCAGACGGGAAAUGUCGUUGUACCUGGUCCUAAAUCUAAGCAUAAGCCAGAGAGAGAUCUAAUAGGCAUAGAUCAACAAACCAAUCGUCUAGUGUUCUUAGCUUCAGCAAGUGAUUUUGAAAGUGACGUAGCCCUACCUAUGAGCCUUUUAAAAAAACACACUCACAUUAAAAUGUACAGCAACUUAAUUGAUUCUCACAUAUAUGUCCUUAAAAAUUGGGUUAUUCAGUUCUUGAAAAGCCAAGAGAGCUUUAUGUCGGUGAAAGGAGAGCUUAUACCCCACAUUAUUAAAAAACAACUUUCCAAAGUACCAGCGGCCGAAGAUACUAGUGCAUCAAUAGUCAACACAAAUGAUAAAAAUAAUAUAUUUAAUUUUGCCAAAGAAGAUCAGUUGGAUUUGGAUAUUAGGGAAAUUUCAUCUUUUAAUGAUCAUUUGGGUGAUUUAAAGGGAGCAUAUCAUGACGAUCCGAUAAGGUGUUACUCGUGUAUUGCCCCAAAAGGCUCGAUUGGGCUCAGGGUAAACACUUUGCAGGCCUUUUGGUCUAUAAAUGAAAAAAUUCUUGACAUUUGGAGUAAAGUUUCUGAAGGGAAAGAAUUACCAAGGCUUAGUUCCAAAGCCGAAAUUAAGUCCAAUCAAGUAGAUGAGAGAUGUAUUAUCUGGGAUGGAGUAAAGCUAAAUGAAAAAACUUCAUUUAAAAAUAGUGUCAUUGGAUUCAAUUCGACUGUCAACAGUUUUAGCCGGGUUUUUAACAGCAUUGUAAUGAAUAACGUUGUAAUCAAAGAAAAGGUUGCUCUUGAAAAUUGUAUAAUUUGUGACAGUGCGGUUAUAGAAACAGGAACAAAAUUGAAAAACUGCAUUGUUGGCAAUAGUCAUCUAGUUCCAGAAGAAUCAGAGCAUACAAAUGAGGUUCUAACUGAAGUGCUGAUGCACUUUUAAAAUAAACAAAACAUAUUUUUAUAUUAGUUAUUUUAUUAUAAAGUUUUAUAUAUUUUCAAAUAUAAUACCAUAUUUAUCC